ACUAAUCGUCCCGCCGUCAUAAUGCUCCUUUACUAUUCGUAAAUUGUGCAUAUUUUUUAAAAUUAUAUUUCUUAUAUAUUAGCUUCAGAUCUAAACUAAAACAUUAUGGACUGCGAUAUUUUGGAAGAAAUGCCCCAAGAAGCGAUAGACUAUUUCUGCGAACAAGUUCUAAAACGUGAUUGGCCUAAUAGUAUCCUCGCCUACUACUUCAUUAAAACAGGUUUGAAGUGGAAUAAUACAAAUUCUGCUUCCACUUACAAACUAUACUAUCUAUCCAACGAUAUAGAAAAUGGUACAUUUAUUGGCAUAUAUUCCCAGCCUGACCAAUACCCAGAUGUCAUCGUUGUGUAUACUUGUCCAGGAAACGAAAAACAGUUUCAGAGAGUGUUGCGGAACACCAAAUUUAUCGACUGGCAAAAGAAACCUCUUUUUCAAGCAGUCUUGGAAAGAAUAAGCGGUAUUGUAGAAUCGACAAUUCAAGAGAAGGGUAUGAAAAGCAGGAUGUACGUUGAUUGUGUACUAAAAUGGAUGCCAGCUGACGAAGCGGCUAAACUAGAAGUAAAAGUACCAGAAGAAGUUUGUAUUGGACAACUCAAUAAAGAUCACGUGGAUUUUAUUUAUUCUCAUUGGGGCCACAGCGAUGUCUACUCCAAGUUUGAUAUUUGGGAUACAAUCAUGUUGAACUUCGGCCUUGGAGUUUUCAAUCGGCAUAGUAAUGAUUUGCUUGCUUGGGCAAUGAAUGGAAGUUACGGUGGCUUAAGUACAUUGAUUGUAACACCUGAGAGCAGAAGGCGUGGUUUUGGCAAACUGAUCGCUAAAGCUAUUACUAAAGAAAUGGGCAAAAGAGGCAUAACUCCAUACGCGAUUAUAGGCCAACUGAAUAUUACGUCUCUUGAAAUAUUUAAAAGUAUCGGGUAUGAUACCAUUUCUGAACCAGUAAUAUAUUUUAUUGUCGAAGAACCUAGAAUGGACCACGGUAUAGAUUCAGCAAACCAUUGACAAAAUUAGAAAUUGCGAAAAACGGAUGCCAAAAUUUUGAAUUUCAAUAAUACUUCAACUAAAAGGACGUUACAAACCCGUAAUUUGUUCGCGAAAAUUAAUUCUGCGGAGGGACACGUAUGUGAGAGCGUAAAUAUGUAAUUACACAGUGACCAUAUAAAAUGUUUACAGUGGUUAGAGAAGAAGUUUAUCUGUGCCGUAUUGUUUUUAGUUUUUUGUUAACUUAAACACGAUCAAAUUUAUUCAUUCGUAAAGAUUCCUUUUUUUUUCUUCAUUUGUUUAUAAAAAAAUAUUAAGUACAUUAUGAUAUCAAAAAAUAAUACGCUACGGCAUAGAUAAAGUUCUUCUCUAUAAAUUGUGUAAAUUUGGUUUAUCUACUGGCCUCGCAUACUUUUCCCACGCAAAAGCAGUUUUGUUGGAGAAUAAAUUGUAAUUUAUCCUAUGUAUAAAAUCUUCUUUGCUUAUUUGAAACUGGUCUCAAAAUUAAUGCAGAAUUUAUAGUUUUUAACAGAAAAGAAAAUUAUAAACUGCUAAUUAUUGCUUUUUCAGUUAUUAAGACUUUUGAAACAAAGUUUUUAUUUGUGGUAUAUUAAUGUAGAAUGUAGAAUAAUAUGAAAAUAAAAUUAAACAAUUUGGAUUUGAUGGCGAUAAAUCCAAACACUGGCCCUAAUCUAAUCAGCAGAAAUCUAAAAAUAAUAAAUAUAUAUUCCUAUAUUGUUAUUCGGCACUGUCUACUGUUACAAAUAGUCGAAAAACUAUAAAAUAAUUUCGAUAAUUUUUUCGGGAAACUCAUCAUUAGCCAAUCGCCAGAAAUUG